UGCGGGCGGCUCCGCUUCCUGCCCGGGCCGCGGGAACCCAUGGAGGAGCCGACGGAGGGCGCCGAGGGGGAGCGGGUGGUGCAGUGCCCGGUGUGCCUGCGGGAGCUGCCGGGCGCCGACAUCAACGCGCACCUGGACCGCUGCCUGCAGGCCGGUGGCGCCGAGGCCGAGCCCCCCAGCAAGCGGCCGCGCCUCGCCGCCGCCCCGCCGGGCGGCCAGGCCGAGGAGCAGCCGGAGGAGGCCCGCCCGCCCGCCAGGUCCCCUGUCUUCUCCCUCUUCCACAAGGGCCGCGGCGGCGGACAGAGCCCGGCAGCCGCCGGCGGGAGGAGCGGCGCGGCGCGGGACGAGGCCGCCGUGCCAGGGGGCCAUGGAUGCGCGGCCGCGCUGUGCGGGGAGAGCCUGGCGCAGAAGCUGGAGGGGAAGCCCCUGGCCGAGCGGCUGCGGCCGGACACGCUGGGCAACUACGUGGGGCAGGAGCGGGUGCUGGGGGCGCAGACCCUGCUGCGGUCCCUGCUGGAGUCCCACGAAAUCCCCUCGCUCAUCCUGUGGGGGCCGCCGGGCUGCGGGAAGACUACACUGGCACACAUCAUAGCCAACAGCAGCAAAAAGAAUGGCAUGAGGUUUGUGACACUGUCAGCCACAAGUGCCAAGACAAAUGAUGUUCGAGAUGUCAUCAGCCAAGCCCAGAAUGAAAAAAGACUCUUCAAGAGAAAAACUAUCCUCUUUAUUGAUGAGAUCCAUCGUUUCAAUAAAUCUCAGCAGGACACUUUCCUUCCGCACGUCGAGUGUGGGACGGUAACCCUGAUAGGAGCGACCACAGAAAACCCUUCCUUCCAAGUGAACGCCGCUCUCCUGAGCCGGUGCCGGGUGAUCGUCCUGGAGAAGCUCUCGGCUGAAGCGAUGGAGGCAAUUCUGAUGAGGGCUGUCAGGUUCUUAGGGCUCCAGGUUGUGGGCCAGGGCGACCAGCUCGGCACCCCUGCGACUGGCAGCAGCAGCAAGAGCUCAGAAUUCCCAGUGUACAUAGAGGAGAAAGCUCUGAACACACUUGCCUAUCUUUGCGAUGGGGAUGCCAGGACUGGGCUGAACGGACUCCAGCUGGCAGUUCAGGCCAGAGUAGCAGCGGGAAGGAACGCUCCUUUGAACACCUCUGCAAAGGGUGGUGCUGCACAUGGCAUUGUGGUAACAGAAGAGCAUGUAAAGGAGGGGCUCCAGCGGUCUCACAUCCUGUAUGACCGAGCAGGAGAAGAACAUUACAACUGCAUCUCUGCCCUGCACAAGUCUAUGAGAGGCUCUGAUGAAAACGCCUCCCUUUACUGGCUUGCUCGAAUGCUUGAGGGCGGUGAGGAUCCCCUCUAUGUGGCAAGGAGGCUGGUGAGGUUUGCAAGUGAAGAUAUAGGACUGGCAGAUCCUCUGGCUUUAACACAAGCAGUUGCUGCUUAUCAAGGCUGUCACUUCAUUGGAAUGCCUGAGUGUGAGGUGAUUCUAGCACAGUGUGUAGUGUACUUUGCCAGAGCCCCAAAGUCCAUAGAGGUGUACAGGGCAUAUGGCAACGUCAAGGAAUGCCUGAGGAUGCACACAGGACCACUGCCCCCUGUUCCCCUGCACCUGAGAAACGCCCCAACAAGGCUCAUGAAGAACCUGGGCUAUGGAAAAGGUUACAAAUACAACCCCAUGUACAAGGGACCUGUGGAGCAGGACUACCUACCAGAAGAGUUGAAAGGAACAGACUUCUUCAAGGAACGAAAAACGUGACUGCUGUGCUCAGAAUCGGUUUUGAUUUUAUGACUCAUACGUUUUCUACUGGGAUCAAAAUUCCCCUUACAGUGUCAGCUGCCUGUUACCCUGGUUAAAAGGAUUAAACCACCAAGCCUUCUAGAUACUUUUUUAUCCUUCUGCUUUUAUUGCUGUUGUUCAGAAGGUAUUUUGUAAAGGUUUGCAGUUAGGCAGUGUAGAAAUGCAAAAUAAGCUGUAUCCAUAUAGUGCUGUCACUGGUUUAAAUGAAAUUAAGAAAAAAACAAGAGACUUGUGUUUCUGGCUCUUGCUGUGAGACAAGAAAUAUUACUGUGCUGCUUUUUAAAAUCAGUGUCGAUUUCAGAUUUUGAGAACAUUAUUUUCCAGAAAAAUAGUAAAUUGUCCUUCCUUUGCUAAAAUACUGUACAAAAUAUAAUUACAUAUUUUUUCUGUUAUGAUCUUUCAGAGACCAAUUUUGUACAACAGUUAUUAAACCAAUAAAGCUGUUACAAAUAGUG